GAAAGAUCCUCCCAAGCCUCUCGCUUCUUAAUCUCCGUCGCCAUCCUCUUCUCCUCCUCCUCCUCCUCCUCCGACGACGCCUGACCCCAUGACGAGCAAGAAGCAGGUGGAGCGAAUGAUCAGGUGCUCCGCCAACUACGCUCCCCUGACUCCCAUCAGCUUCCUCGAGCGCUCGGCCGUGGUGUACCGGGACAGGCUCUCCGUCGUGUACGGGGACGUCCGCUACACGUGGGGGGAGACGCUCCGCCGGUGCGUCAAGCUCGCUUCCGCUCUCGACGGGCUUGGCGUCUCCCGCGGUGACGUGGUUGCUGCUUUGCUGCCAAAUGUUCCAGCCAUGUACGAGCUACAUUUUGGUGUUCCAAUGGCGGGGGCGGUUCUUUGUACACUGAACAGCCGCCACGAUUCAGCAAUGGUAUCCGUGCUGCUAAAGCAUUCUGAGGCAAAAGUUGUUUUUGUGGACUGCCAGUUUCUUCAUAUUAUGCUGGGAGCAUUUGACAUACUGUCAAAAUCAAUGAUCAAAAUACCUACUCUAAUUGUAAUCCAAGAUGGUCCUGAAAUAUCCUCCAAUAUCAGCUCCACGAAUGCCACUUCCCAGCACAUGGAAUAUGAACAUAUCUUGGAAUCUGGCAAACUUGAUUUUAAGGUCAAGCGGCCAGAAGAUGAAUGGGAUCCCAUCUCUCUCAACUAUACUUCGGGAACCACAUCGAACCCAAAAGGAGUCAUCUACAGCCAUAGAGGUGCUUAUCUGAAUUCUCUAGCGGCAGCUCUUCUGAACGAGAUGAAAUCGAUGCCCGUAUAUUUAUGGUGCGUGCCCAUGUUUCACUGCAACGGCUGGUGUCUCACUUGGGCUGUCGCAGCUCAGGGUGGGACAAACAUUUGCUUGAGAAGUGUCACUGCAGAAGGCAUAUUCGAAAACGUGGCUCGGCAUAAGGUGACUCACAUGGGUGGUGCUCCCACUAUUCUGAACAUGAUUGUCAAUGCGCCAGCUAGUGAACAGAAGUCGCUGCCUGGAAAGGUCAUGGUCAUGACCGGCGGGGCCCCGCCACCUCCGGAGGUCCUUUUCAGGAUGGAAGCGCUAGGAUUCGGGGUAACGCAUGCCUACGGCUUGACAGAAACUUAUGGGCCAGGAACAGUCUGCACUUGGAAACCAGAAUGGGAUUCUCUCCCCCCCGAAGCACGUGCUAAGAUCAAGUCCCGACAGGGACUGCACCACCUUGGCAUGGAAGAAGUCGAUGUUAAAGAUCCUGUCACUAUGGAAAGUGUACCUUCCGAUGCUAAGACCAUUGGCGAGGUCAUGUUCAGGGGCAACACUGUGAUGAAUGGAUAUUUGAAAGACACGGAAGCAACCAAGACUGCAUUUAAGGGCGGAUGGUUCAGGAGUGGUGAUUUGGGCGUGAAGCACGCAGAUGGUUACAUAGAACUAAAAGAUCGCGCCAAGGACAUCAUUAUUUCAGGGGGAGAGAAUAUAAGCACGAUCGAGGUGGAAUCCACUUUAUUUGGUCAUCCAGCUAUACUCGAGGCAGCUGUUGUCGGGAGACCGGACAAUUACUGGGGGGAAACACCUUGUGCAUUCGUGAAGCUGAAGGAUGGGUGCAAGGUUACCAAGGAGGAAAUACUCAAGUAUUGCCGGGAUAAACUGCCCCACUUUAUGGCGCCCAAGACAAUUGUUUUCGCUGAUCUUCCGAAGACUUCAACCGGGAAGACGCAGAAAUUUGUCCUUAGGGAGAAGGCCAAGGCCAUGGGAAGCCUUACUAGAAACUUGGGCAGCAAACUGUAAGCUAUAAUCUCCCGGUAACAUGUAUUCUUGAUUCUUGCUUCAUUUUAUUGUUGCAGGGGUCGGAUAACUAAAAUUAAGCAGUUGUUAGUUUACGGGUGUGUUCAUCAAUUGUCCUUGAUGUGUACUGCAACCGUGCUCAGGAGUUGUAUAAAUCAUGUGGAAAUAUUCGCCGGGGCUCAGCUACAA